UGCGGGCUUUCGACUUGUUCAAGGUUGGCUGGGUUACUCAAGGUCGCUGGGGCAUGAGUAUGGUAUGAGAAUUUGAAGUUCAGUGGAUUGCGUUUAUCAUACAAUGUCCUCACCAGUUGACCCAGAAGAAUAUUCGUUUGUCGCGUAUGGCGAUCCUUUUAGUGAUGACGAAGAUGAGCAAAGCAGAUUUCGUGGCCUUGCUUUGGGUAAACGUAAAGCUAUCCCAUCCGCCUAUGAAAACCGCGUACUGAAUGAAAGGGGUCGACCUAUGAGGUUUCACGGGGCAUUCACUGGAGGAUUUUCUGCUGGAUAUUUCAAUUCAGUUGGAUCUAAAGAGGGUUUUAAACCUAAAAGCUUCCACUCCUCUCGUAAAAAUAGACAGAGGGAUUUAGAUGAAAAGUUUGCCCAACAUCCAGAAGAUUUUAUGGAUGAUGAAGAUUUCGGAGAAUUCGGUAUUGCUCCAAGGCGUAUUCGACCGACUCAUGAAUUUGAUGACACUCAUGUACGUGAUACAUUGCAACUAGCAUUAGGUGAUCAGUCUGUGAUUCCACAAGCUGGUUCACUUUUGAAAGGAUUAAUUGUAGCUACCAGAGGUACAUUAGCUGAGAGGUUAUUACGACGUCUUGGGUGGAAAAAUGCUCAUUCAACUCCCCUGAAUGAUGAUACUGUAGAAAAUACGGAUCAGAGAAAAUUUCCAGACGAUACAGAAUCUAUCACAGGCACUGAUGAAUGUUUUGGUGGAGAGAAAGAUUCAAGUCCUACAAUGUUCGCUCAAAUUAAUUUUGUGGCUAAAACUAAUACAUUUGGUUUGGGGUAUUCACCAUUGGAUCCAGAAGUCGCUAUGGGUCGGCGUAAGCUUAACUCAAAUAAUGCUGAGGAUAUUUGGUCAAACAGACACCCAGAAGAGUCUGUCAGUGCACUGUUACACAGACAACAGAAAAUUCGUAACGAAAAUGAAUUCGAUCUUAAAAGUGGAUUAAAACGUCAUGGCAUAACCGGCCAUGCUUUCGGUGUAGGUGCUUUAGAGGAAGAAGAUGCUGAUGUGUACGAACAAGAUCGUUUAGCAGAAUAUGAUUGGGAAAUAGGGGAUGGUGAAUCAAACGAUGACGAAGAUGAAGAACAGGCUGAAAUUGAGGCUGCUAGACUUGGACGUUUGUCGUCUACUACGAAGAAGAAAUCACAAGUUAAUUCUAGUUCUACUGAACGUACUAAAAUUAUUGAUGGGUGGACUGCUCCUUCACAACACCCACAAGAAGAACAGGCUGAAAUUGAGGCUGCUAGACUUGGACGUUUGUCGUCUACUACGAAGAAGAAAUCACAAGUUAAUUCUAGUUCUACUGAACGUACUAAAAUUAUUGAUGGGUGGACUGCUCCUUCACAACACCGUUCAUCUCAAAAACUGAACAAAUCAUCCUCAGAUACUUUGCCUGGAUUUUGCAGUGAAUCAACAAAACAAAAUGAAUUCAAAACUCAUCCAAUUCAGGUGACUUUACCUCCAGGCUACAUUCCGGUCUUUAAUCCACGGUGCAUAUUAACUUGUGAUAAUAAACAAAGUAUCAAAUCAAAUUCAUUCAAUCACCCUAAUAUCAAACAUGAUGCUAUUUCACGAGCCCGUUUACUCGAAGAAGAUUCAGUUUAUGAAAAGUUAGAUCCUAUCCAACAACUCCGUCUGCAGGCUGCAGCAGCGGGCCUUCCUGUCCCAGCCCUAGUUUCAAAGAAUUCUCCAGCUGAACAACAAUCAAAUCAAUCUGAAAAUUCAAAUAAACUGGCCGCUUUUACUACUUCUAAUCCAACUGCUGGUUUGCUGAAGAUUUUUAAAGCGGAUAGUAAUAAACAAGCACGGUUUGAGGCUUACCAAGUACUUGUUCGUCGAGGAUUUGCCCAUGAAGAUGCUUAUCAUCGUUGCUCUACCCUAUUGGAUUUAAACAAUGAAGAGAAGGAACGUGAAGCUAACUCGUUUCAAACGCUUAUUAAAAUGAAUCAAAUGUCAAGUACUAAUAAUUCUUCUCAAAUGGAUCCAGUGAAUAUGAAUAAUGAUACAAUGAUUUGUCAAACUUCAACGUCAACCUCUAUUGCAUCAACUAUAUCUUCUGAUCCUUCUGAUAGACUACUGCCAUUAUCAAAUAAAUUACCACUUCAUAAACAACAGUUGAUCUCAUCGAAAUUAGCUUUAAGAUUUCGUUCUGCUGGUUGUAUGGAUAUCAGUAAAGAAUUAACUGAAGAAGAGGAGAAAGCUCAACGAGCACGAGUUGAAAGCUUAGAUACAGUUGAACCACGUGAUCAUGCUGUUGCAACAGAAUCUUAUGGAGCUUUAACUAGACGGCGUUUAAAAUGGCAUCCUGAUAAAAUUUUAUGUAAACGUAUAAAUGUUCCUGAUCCGUAUCCUGAUUCCACUUUUAUUGGCUGUCCAGAUGAUAGACGUCCUCGUAAUCCUUUUCGUCAAAAGUUUGGUAAACAUGGAAAAAGUAGAUUCUCUGAUAGUUCCACGGCAAAUGAGUUUUCUAUUUUCGAUCUAUUGGAUGUUAACACUACUGGUUCAAUUCAAAAGUUGAAUUCUUCAAAUAUUACUUCCUGUGAACAACAAUUAAGUGACGAGUCUUAUUCUUCUGACAGUGACAGCAACGAUCCUUCUGGUAUUAUUUCAGAACUUCCUGCCAGUAAUACACCCUAUAGGCCUGACCCGACUGGUACAACUUUUCAGUCUCGUGGAAAAGCUUUAUUCGCAACUUUGUUUCAAUCUAUUGAGCAGAGUAAAACAAUCGAGACUAAAGACAAUGUUGUGGAAAAUAAUAAUAAUAGUUUGUUAGAAAACAUUCAACCAUCAGACAAAAUUUCUCAUGAUACUACCAAUGAGAUUGUGAAUGAAUCGAAUGCACGGGUUAUGGGUCCUUCUCUUCCGAAAAUAGGCAUAGAUGUUCUUACUGAUCAUACAGAUAAGCCUCCAAUGGAUUUGUUCAAAUCAAUAUUUGCAUCUGAUGAAGAAUUGAGUUCAUCUUCGUUAUCAGAUAACGACGUUGAUGAUAAUAUUAACAAUAAAGACCGUGAAAAUGAUGAUUUAACCGUAUCGAGAGUUAGCAAAUCGAAUUCUGUUGAACUGUCUAAUGAUCAACCUGAUUUACUCAAAGCACAUACAUUAUUUUCACAUCUAUUUGAACCGAAUGGAGAUAUGCGUGGUCCAUUAUCCGGCUUAACACGAAUGACUACACGACCUGAAGUAUCGUCCAAAGUUCAAACCCCCUCACAGAAUAAUCUCGAUCCGGAUUUAUUGUAUGGACCGGAUUUACCGCCGAAUUUUACUCCUACAUCUGAUAAAGCUAAUCCAAUUUCUUUGACAAAAGAUCAAGAAAAAGCAUCAUGUUCUACCUUGUCAGAUGAUAUUUUAUUUGUGGAAUCUCAUCUUGUCAAUCGUGGUUCCGCUAAACAUAAAAAACCAAAGAACAGCAAAAGAAAACAUAAAACAAAACAUAAAAAACAACACAAGAGUAAGAAAGUUUCUCGUAAAGCACCAAUUUCUUCUUCAGAUUCAAACUCUUCUGACACUUCUGAUUAGAUUUUGACGAUUGUCAAAUUUGUACAUAAACCUUUUAUUUGAGGUUAUUUUCUAACCUACUACUUACUACUAUUACUAUUACUAAUACUACUGUUACCAUGUUGUUUUUGCAGUCUUCAUAUUCUUCUUCUGACCAGAAAGUUUUGAUUAUAUUUCUUUACAAAUAAAUUGGCGUAUAUCCAUUUAGAAAUAAAUAUUUUGAUUAUUUCAACUCUUUUCUCCAAUAUACCAGAAAAUAUUUGCAUUUUGCGUUGCACAAAUUAUAUUUAUAAAUUCUAUUUUCUGAAUGAAAUGAUAUAUGACUUUGUACUAAUUGAAAAAAAUGUAUCACCAAAAGGAUGUAUUUCGGGUUGUAUAAUUUUAUUGUUCUGUUUUUCUUCUCUCUCUCUCUCUCUCAUUCUCUACCGCAUUCUAUAGACGAAUAACUAGUUAAACUUCAUUGGCAUUGUUUCAGUCUAUAAAUUACAAACUAAGUGAUAUAAAAAUCAACUAAAAAAGAUCAUAAAUAUUGGAUAAUUUUUGCAAAAGAAUUAGUUAGAAACUAAACGAAUCUUUAUCUAAAAUACAUAAGAUACAAUAUAUAAAUAUUAUAUGUUGUAUGUGUAAGCAGAAUAUAAUAAAGUCAAAUGUCAUAGAAAGAUAUAUUUUGUAAAAUUAUCGUUCUUUUCCAUUUUAAUGCUCUUUUUUUAUAAUUAAGACUUGUUGGUUGUUUUUAGUUAUAUAAAUAACACAGAUUUUCAAGUAGG